AUGGAACAACACGCUGAACAAUUCCCCAAUUAGUCUAUAUAAUCGACAUUUGAAGCCAAUAAACCAAAAAGACCUUAUCAAAAAAUAUCCCAAGAGACUCGAUCUCUAAUUCUUCAUGCUUUGACAGUAGAGAAGCUGUCCUUAUGCAAUGUAAAUGAAUUUUGAAAUAUUUGAAGGUAGCUGAGAUGUUUAAAACGAAGGCCUGUACAUGCAAGGCAAUUUUACAGACUUACGAGCAAGAAGGCAGAAGGGAGAAGAAGACAAGCAGAAGAGAAAGAGUUGAAAUAGACUCACAAAUUAAAAUAAUUGUUAUAGACCCUUUGGGCAGACCGAACCAAGAAUUCAUUAAUAUUAAACAUUCUAAAGUAUGUUUAUAAACUUAUUAAAUUAUUUUAGAUGUAUACCGAAGAAAAAGAUCUGAGUAGAAAGGAAGAAAAAUAACUCAAAAGAAGAUUGUAACAAGAGAUUUUAACUUAAUUGGAAGAACUAUAAACUGGCUGUUAUAAUGUUCAAUAAACAAUCUCUUCAGAGAAUCAUCCCGAUGAAAAAGCUCCUGAAAACAUCGCUAGAGGAAUCAAUAUGAGCUUAUAAUUAAUUUAAUAGAAGUUGAAAUUAGAUGGAGUUAGUCUAGGUAAGUAAGAAAAAAGAAAGUUAAAAGAACUAAAAAAGGUUUAGCAAUUAACUAAGCUAGAAGAUUUGAUAAAAGUUGAAGAAGGAAAAAGUAAUUAGAAUUCUGCUUGUUAGUAAUAAUAAUAAGAAUCAAAAUCUGAAAUUCCGAAACCCAAUACUGUUUUUGAUUUGGGAUAGAAUUAUAGCAAAAUUAAGCAAUUUAUUGAAAGUGUUAAUUAAAAAUCCUAACUAAAUCCAUAGAUUAUUGACAAAUUAAACUACUUAACAAAUGAAACUAUUUUCUAAAUGAGUCUAAAAUAAAGAUUGUAAGACAAGGAUUUUUAAGUAUCAAUUUUAAAACAUAAUGUUUCUAGAUACUUAAAAUAAUUCUUCUUAAGUUAUUGA